UUGGUUGAUUACUGUUGGUUAACUCUAGUCUGGAAGCGCCGAGUAGCAUUAUCUCGAAGGCAGAUUCUCACAUUCCCACGCUACAUUCUCGCCCGAAUCGAAUCACAAACAGAACAGAACACGCAUGAUGUCAGGGGGCGCUAAUACGGAGGGUGAAAUCGUUCCCUUUGAUCCCACAGAUCACGAUGUGAUAUCCACCAAACUACGAAGUUGGAAUCUAGGACAUCCCGGAAACCUGGAAUACGCAAAUCUAUUGCUACAAUAUGCUCGCAAGAUGCCUUCGGCUGGAGCCGCUGACUAUACAGCACUGCAGAACCAAUAUGCUGCUGAGAUUGUAAACAUUGUCGUCGAGCAACGUGGUGGACGUUUUCUUAAGAUUCAAGAAGGAGAAGUGUACCCCGCCUAUUGUACCCUCAUGGACCACAAGGCUAGCAUCCACAAGGUCUUCCAUGGCGUCAAGAAUAAGCACUUGGUCAUUCUCAAACGAGGAAAUCCACCCACUCCCACCAAGGAACAAUCACUCAAGCAACAGCAACGACUGCGGGAGUUACGGAGUAUGCCACGCGAUGAACCCAAGCCACCACCACCACCUCCACAGCCCCUGGCACCACCCAUCAACAAGCCUAUCAGUAAGCCCAGCAAACCUAGCAGCAAGCCUGGCAAGGGCACCAAGAAGGCAGUCCGGCCGAAACCAAAAGCCAAGGCAAAGCCAGCGGCAGACGAAGUUAUGUCAGCCACUACCAUUGGUGCCACCCAGUCACCCAAGCGCCAACGUCGCAAACGACAACGAGCAGAUGACUCUCCUAAUUCUCCUGCGAAUGCUAACAAUAAGAAACAGCAGAGUCAGCCCAUUGUUCGCUAUGAAGCACAACAGGGUGCAAGUGGGCAAAUCAAUCCGUAUGCUUUGGAAUUGAUCUCAUAUGUCUGCAACAAUCAUGCCACUCUUGACAGAAACAGCCUUGAGGCUUGGUCGUCUAUUCUGGAAGAGCCCGUCUCAACCUAUAUUGCACAGCAAGAACCCGAAAAGGAACGACGGAUACGGUUGCAGUUGCGACAUCGCAUAUUCGCGGCCAAGGCCAUGCACAUGCCGGUGAUUGAAUUUGCCAAGCAAAUACUCCAGGUUUGGGGUGGAUCCUUGUCCGAGGUUAUCAUUGAUAACACUGCCAACACGACCAAACAGGCAGAGGCAGAGCCCCCAGUCAUGGAUAGUACCAAUGUAGAGAUGAUACAAUCUCAUCAGCAUGCCAUGAAUGAUGCAGCAGUGACAGCAGCACUCAACAACCCCUUGGCAAUUGGGUAUGGUAUGAGCGGGGCUGCUCAUAAUAAUGACUCGUCCUCAACAUCCUCAGAUUCGGAUAAUGAGGGUGCAUGCCGACCUCGUGGCAUUCCACAAAAAGAGCCUCGUGCCAUGCCACAAAAGGAGCCUCGACGGGCAAUGGUGGGGGACGGUGGUAAUGGUGGGAACUUUCCCAAUACUCCUGGCUCUAUGGAAAGACCAACCCCCACCCACGGUACUAGUGAUAUUGCACGCGCCCUGUGGAGCUUACCAGUCAAUAAUGAUGACGAUGAGAAUGGUGUAGCUGUUGCUGGCGAGGCUGAGAAUGGCGAUGGCAGCAGUAGUGAUGAGGAUGAUGAAGAAGACAUUGAUGAAAAUGACACUGGUGACCACCACAACCACAACCACGUACAAGUACAAGUACAAGGCAAUGACAGCGGUAACGAGAGCUCUGAUGCUGGGUAUGGGACACCCAAUGAAUAUGCGCCGCCCCACCAGCAAAUAGGUAUGAUUGCAGCACAACAAUCAAUUAUGGAGAAUGGUGACAGUGAUGAUGGUGAAGGACAGAGGAUGAAUCAAGGUGAUUUUGGUGAACAUGAUGGCAUGUACAUGUAGGAAGGCAAGCAGAUGGGGCUUCAUGUGUUGAUUGUGACGAUAUUGUAUGAUUCAGACACGGUACAGUAGCAUCUAGAUUUCUCUUUUGUUCGUUUGUGCACACCUCCCCUUGUUGACAAUGAGAGGCACAAGAGCGUGGUUGUUGACAUGGGUUCACAUGCUACUUUGAAUGCAAACCUGCCUUCCAUCUUGACCAACAGGAACUGCAGUGUUGAUCUACAGUUCUGGGAGGCGUUUUGACCAUGAGGUACCUUGUUUUAGUUAGUAUCAGGUAACCCUUCCGUCAAUAUUAUGAUUACUUCGAGAAAAAUAGAUGCCACAUUUAUCGUCGAACUAUGAAACUUGUGCCAUCACCAACAAGCUAGUUGAUCUGGGGUUGACACAUUCUGACUUAGCAUACUUACUGGCAUAGCAGCUCUGAGGACACGGAUUCCAAUGAAUGGAAAGUUGGCAUUGGCUAAUUGAUCAACACAGAGCUGAC